AUGUUUGGCGUAGCAUGUGAUCACCCACCCAUACUGAUCGUCAUGGAGUAUUGCCCCGGUGGGGACUUACAGUCUCAUCUUAAGAAGCAAAAAAGUGCCAUCGAGGUUGGAGAAAGGAUCGUCUAUACGAUAGAGGCCGCGCGGGUAUGCGAUACCUGCACAGGAAAGAACUGCAUCCAUCGUGAUUUAGCGGCAAGAAAUUGCUUGAUAUCGGCAAAAGUUCCGCAGUGCUUCUUGAGACCAGCUGGAAAGGAAAAGGAAGCCGACUUGGCAAAAGCGCAAUUUGUCAACGUUCAUGAAGAUCGUCUGACACUGCUGAAUGUUUACAAUGCUUUCAAGCAGAGUAACAAGAGCGAGGAGUGGUGUAAUAAUAACUUCAUCGACUAUCACGUAAUGAAGAAUGCGGGAAUUGUACGCGCACAGCUCGAGAAGACUAUGGAAAGGCUGAACCUAUCGCGAACCUCGACUGAUGCCAAUUCUGAAAAUUUGGAUGUGAACAUCAGAAAAGCACUGGCCGCCGGGGGCCACUAA